CGCCUCCUCUCACCGUCCCCCAUUUUCCUCAGGCCCCGACCCCAGUCACACACACACCUUGGAGCAGCUAUUCUGCGUCUCCUUCUCCUCAGCCCGACCCCCGCUGCCUUCGUAUCCUCCAGCCUCGUCUUCCUGCCAACCGCCCCCGCUUCAAUAAGGAGAUCAAGGUCAACGAUUUGUCCACCCGAGUCAGGGGGCGGCUGGGAACCAUUGUUCGUGCCUCUGGUCGCUGAGCUUCCCAACCACACCCCGCUCCGCCUGCUGACUUCUGCUUCCAGUUGCCAACAUGAAUUCAUACGGAGACUCUCUGGAUCCUGAAAAGCUAGUCCAAUGCCCCUACGACAAGAGCCACCAGAUCCGGGCAUGCCGCUUCCCCUACCACCUUAUCAAAUGCAGAAAGAAUCACCCGAACAUUGCCAAUCAGCUGGCUACCUGCCCCUUCAAUGCCCGGCACCAGGUGCCCCAGGCAGAGAUCGGUCACCACAUCUCCAACUGUGACGACAAGAGCUGCAUCGAGCAGGAUGUGGCUAGCCAGUCGUGGAACUACCAGGGCGAAGCCCAGCCUGUAAGCAGCUGGCAGUCCCCACCAUGCAAUGAGGAUUGGGAUAAAGACUUGUGGGAAUCAAAGAAUUUCAUAUUUGUCUGGGGCAGCACCAGCACCAGCACUGACAGCAAUUUAAGCUCCCAAGUAGCCCAGAAGUCUCCUCUGGCUGGAAACGUGACCCACGGCACCGGGAGUGGUGGCGGUGGUGCCAUUGGCGGCGGUGGUGCCAUUGGCGGCGGUGGUGCCAGUGGUGGCGGUGGUGCCAUUGGCGGCGGUGGUGCCAGUGGUGGCGGUGGUGCCAUUGGCGGCAGUGGUGCCAGUGGUGGCGGUGGUGCCAUUGGCGGCAGUGGUGCCAGUGGUGGCGGCGGUGGCAGCGGCAGUGAUGGCAGCGGCGGUGGCACUGCCAGUGGCGGCGAGCCUAAAAGUAACCUGGCAUCAGGGAUGCGAGUGCCCAAAUCCCUUCCUUACGCGCUGCCUUGGAAGACCCGUGGCAAAACACAGUAAUGGGCCGCCCAUCCAUCUCGCCAAGUGACUGCCUCAGCAUCAUUCCCCUCUCUUCAGACGGCAGCCAGCUCUAAGUGGACCGAAAGCAAUUUCACUUCCAUUUUCUUUCAGAUUA